AUGAGUUCCAGCAUACCACCUUGGCGUUCUACCACACCAGGCACAAUGUCUAGUGCAUUUCCUCCAAGUGCGGCUCCAGCAUACACUCCAGUCCAAGCGCGUCGUAGCCUCGCCCAUCAUACCAAGCCAACAAAUGGAACAGUUCCUACCAAACCCACUCAGUCGGCACCACCGGAUACAGAAGCCCGGGCGCGAGUGGAGUUCCCCCCACCCGUACGCUCGUAUGUGCAACGCUGUUUUGCUCCCGAAAAUCAGGUUGCAAGCGUGAGCAUUCCUGAAAUGCAGGAGAAGUUGAGGCACGUCAUUACGGAGGCGGCCCAGAAUGACAAGCUGGGAUUGAUCGACUGGGAAAGGCUACCUUUGCCCCAAACUAUGGUGCAAAAUGAACGCAACAAGAUCCUGGCCAACCCCAGCUCUUCAAACUGGGCGUCCAGCCACCCGGCUUCUCCGGGAGAUGCCACACGGAAGCGAAAGUCAACUGACGGCCACCAAUCGGAAACUGGAUCGCCACCAUGGAGAAAAGCUAACCGCAAUCGUUUUGAAGAUCGAGUUACUCACCCUACCACAGAGAAAAAACCACGCAUAACACUGGACCAGUCUAGUAAGUCCAAAGCUAAUUUGGAGAUGAGGAAGAAGCGUUUUGAGGGAGUUGGGGCUAGCGGGAACUCUCCUUCUUCUCCUGCAGAAUUGCCGAUGCGUCCUGCUGACGCGGAUCACGGCCCCGUUGUCGGGCGAUGCCAAACAUUGGAGAAGAACUACUUCCGAUUGACAUCUGCUCCCAACCCGGACAGUGUUCGUCCUUUGCCGGUUUUGCAAAAGACCCUGGAUCUAUUGAAGAGAAAAUGGAAGGACAAUGGCAACUACGGUUACAUUUGUGACCAGUUUAAGUCUUUGCGUCAAGACCUAACGGUUCAGCGCAUCCGAAAUGAAUUCACUGUCGUCGUCUACGAAAUCCACGCCCGCAUCGCCUUGGAAAAAGGGGAUCUUGGUGAGUACAACCAGUGCCAGACCCAGCUACGAGUGCUGUAUGCGCAGCAUCUGGGAGGACACCCGACGGAAUUCAAGGCCUAUCGUAUUCUCUAUUUCAUUUACACACGGAACUGGACGGCGAUGAACGACGCAUUAGCCGACGUAACUGCAGAAGAUAAGAAAGACACGGCCGUGAAACAUGCUCUGAAUGUUCGCUCUGCCCUUGCACUCGGGAAUUACCAUCGUUUCUUCCAGCUAUACCUUAAUACGCCGAAUAUGGGAGCCUACCUCAUGGACAUGUUUGUCGAUCGUGAGCGGUUGAGUGCUCUUGCAACCAUGUGUAAAGCAUACAAACCAGAUGUCAACAUCCGAUUUAUCACAGAAGAGCUUGGAUUUGAGUCUGAUGAGCAGACUGCACGUUUUGUUCUAGACAACUCCUCCGAAGAACUGCUGGCGGAGAGGGACGGCGCUGUAAGGCUGUUGACAGGCAAAGCAGGCACGCUGUUCGAUCAAGCCAAAGAAGCGGCACACCGUAUCGUCGAUAUCAAAGGCCAGAUCUAA